AAGGUCACCCGAAUAUCUGCACGCAAUUGUUGAUUCUUUUAAUAUAGAAAGAACGCUAACCAGUUUUGCUUGUUAUAUGUAAGAGACAGUACUGUUUUCUACAAGAUUAAGUAGUUCGUAUGUAGCAGGGGCCUGGAUUUUAUGCUGCUUUUAUCAAUCAGUUGGACUUUGAGGAAAUGGUCGAAACGAGGACAAAAUACUGCUGGUCUGUGGUGCCAAUAUGGAGAAAAUGUAUGUUCGUCUUUCCCGUUUUCUCUCUCGUCUGCAUGACGUAUUAUUUUUUUUCUAACUAUUUGAUGUCUACGAAUGUUUAUGACCCCAACGGAAGAUUCCGAGGUAUGGUUGCUACUGAUGUCUAUAGAUAUCAACCGUCAGGUACCGCCAGGUUUUCUACAGACCACGUGACUAUUUAAAAAAUUAUCAUGCUAUUCAAUAGCAGGGAAAGUACUGAGACUUUCCGAAACUCGCACAUCAUGAUCUGCACCGGGGACGGGCGUUUGGGUAACAAAAUGUUCGAGUUCGCUUCUCUCCUAGGGAUCGCCAAGCGUCACAAUUAUAAACCGAUGAUAUUACGCGGGAAUUCUUUAUCGCAAGUGUUUGACAUUAACCAGGUGACCAACACACAACCAAAGAACAUAAAGGAUGUUGGUGAGCGAGGAGCUGGGGUGUAUGACAAGUCUUUAGAGAGCUUGAAUCAUGACAUGAACUAUUCGUUGAGAGGGUUCUACCAAAGUUGGAAAUAUUUCGAUUUUAUUAGAGACGAAGUGAGAAAAUCGUUCCAAUUCAGAGUCAGCAACUUUGACAAAGCUCGGGAAACGCGGAUAUCACUGAAUGUUGGUGACAAACUGACUGUGGGAGUGCACGUGCGUAGUGGCGACAUGAACAGUAAAAGAGAACUGUCUCGUGGCUAUAAUGUUGCCACUAAAGAAUACUUUACCAAGGCCUUUCAAUAUUUCAGGGAUAAAUUCAAACAUCUGAUGUUUUUAGUUGUUAGUGACGAUUUAACAUGGUGUAAAAACAACAUGAAAGGUGACGAUGUGAAAUAUGUAUCCACCGGAAGUGCGGGAAGCGAUAUGGCGUUCCUUGCGCAGUGUAACCAUAGCAUCGUUUCCACCGGAAGUUUUGGGUGGUGGGGUGCCUAUCUUGCUGGUGGGGAAGUUGUCUAUUACCGGAAUUUCCCCUCCAACCACAGCUGGUUGUUAAAACAAUACAACAGAACUGAAUACUACCCCCCACGGUGGGUCGGCGUGGAGUGA